AUGGUGGCGCCCGCGGGAGGAGGGUCGCCGUCGCGGUGGCCGUCGGAGGAGGAGCUUGACAUUGUGCGGAAGAAUGUGGUCGAGAUUAGUGGAAGAGAUGCGAGAGAGGUUAGGGUGGUUGCUUGCCCCUACAGGAUUUGUCCUUUGGGGGCCCACAUUGAUCAUCAGGGCGGAAUAGUGACUGCUAUGACAAUCAAUUAUGGAGUACUUCUUGGCUUUGUGCCCUCUGAUGAUGCUGAGGUUGUACUCCAGUCUGGUCAAUUUAAAGGCGUUACUCGAUUCAGAGUUGAUGACUUGCAAAAGCCUAUUGAGAACCGAGGAAACAUAACUUGGGAAAGCUAUGCAAGAGGUGCAGUUUAUGCCCUGCAAAAUAGUGGAUAUGAUCUCAGAAAGGGUAUAAUAGGUUAUAUUUCUGGAGUGAAUGGACUUGACAGUUCAGGGCUUAGUUCGUCUGCAGCUGUUGGCAUUGCCUAUUUGCUGGCUUUAGAAAAUGUAAAUGAUCUGGUCUUAUCACCAGUUGAUAACAUUCAGUUGGACAAGUCCAUUGAAAAUAAAUAUUUGGGUCUUGAAAAUGGCAUUCUAGAUCCAUCAGCCAUUUUAUUGUCUCGAUACAGCUACCUCACCUUCAUGGAUUGCAAGACUGCCUCACCUUCCUACGUCUACUUCUCGGAACUAAGUAAAAGCCAGCAACCUCAAGGUCGGCUGCCAUUCAAGAUUUUGUUGGCAUUUUCAGGUUUGCAACAUAACCUACCCAAGUCGCGUGGGUAUAAUAUGCGAGUCUUCGAGUGCAAAGAGGCUGCACGUGCUCUUUUAUGUGCGUCAGGCUCUGAAGAUGCACCAAUACUUCGUAAAGUUGAUCCAGGUGUAUAUGAGGCCCAAAAGUGUAUAUUAGAUGAAAAUCUUGCCAAGAGAGCUGAGCACUAUUUCUCUGAAAUGAAGCGAGUUGUUAAGGGAAGAGAGGCAUGGGCUCGUGGAGACCUACAAGAAUUCGGACAGCUGGUCUCUGCAUCUGGCCGCAGCUCCAUAGUCAACUACGAAUGCGGGAGCAAAGAGAUGAUACAGCUGUACGAGAUCCUCCUGAAGGCGCCAGGGGUCCUCGGCGCGCGGUUCAGCGGCGCUGGCUUCAGAGGCUGCUGCCUCGCCAUCGUCGAAAGCGACCACGCGGAGGAGGCCGCGGCGUACGUUGGCGCCGAGUACGAGAGGGCCCAGCCAGAGCUGGUGAGCAAGAUCCCCGCGGAUCGUCGCGUGCUGGUCUGCGAGCCCGGGGACUCCGCGCGCGUCAUAUUGCAGUCAUGA